AUGUGUCAUGGACAAGUCCUCCUUCCCCUGGUCCCUCAACCUGCAGUAACCCCCGCCUCCCCUCUUUACUCCACGUUAUCAGGGAGUAGCUGCACCACUCCUCCGCUUGUGCCCUCACCACUCAGCACGGAGGGGCUGCACACGAGUCCCACACUGAGGACCAGACCAACUCCAAACACCAGGAGCACCUUGGGGCAGAUUCUGGUCACUUGCAAAGCUGCUGCCGACACCGAAAGAGUGCAUCCUUCUGAGAGGACGGAGGUGACCGAUCUGGGGACCAGCAGCUCUGCGCAGGCGCCACAUUCCUCCACUGCAUCGGGCUCGGAGACACGCAAGGUCACACCACCGGGGGUUUCCACAGUCCCCACAGGGGAUGCAAGUGUUUCCAGGGAAUCUCCUCUUCACACAGGGCAAGCUUCCUCCCUGACAAGUGGGUUUCUGGAGACCAAACCAUCUGAGGGGACCACGUCAACUGCAGGGUCGGGCGCCGGCCCUUCUGAGCUGCCCGCUGGUGCUUCUGCUGGGGACUCUAGUACGGGGGUCAUCUCCCUUAGCGAAGCACACAAUGCUACCCCGACCCAAUCUGCAGAGCCACCCCACAGCCCCGCGGGAAAGCUCUCCAGGCUCUCCGGUUCCCCAACCAGGAGAGAAUCUGCAGAUGUGACCAUGGCCACCCACUCGGGGCAUCCUGAGGCUACCACACCCAGCACUCUCCCUGGGGAAAAGGCACCCACAGCAUGGCAGGCAGGGACCACAUCCAUGGAGAGUGACCACCCAGAGGAGACUGGUCUCCUGAGCACGGGCCCUGAGCAUGUGUCCAGGGCAGGCACGGCCUCUGUGGAGGAAGCAGCCUCUGUCUCUGCCCUGCUGUCCUCCCCUGCGGUGACCCCACCUUCUCCUGCUCCCUCCACACUACCCGCGAGCAGCCCCUCCUCUCCUCCGGCCACUUCUGCCCAGCUUACCCCUGGUCUCAUGAAGACCACAGAAGUUUUAAGCCCAAGCCCGGAACCAGAAUCCAGUCCAUCUCUAAAUCUGAGUAGCACCCCAGUUAGUGCACUGGGCUCCUCUGAAGUCACCCCAGAGUCAGAGAACGUUCCCCCUUCCUCAGAGGCAGCUGCGACCACAGUGGAGACCACCAGUGCUGCACAAGGACCCGUUUCCUCUGCCCCAGCUGACCCAGAGUCAUCCACAGCCAUGUCUCCACAGGUAGCCGCCUCCCCCUUGGGGGACACAAGGUUUGUCCCAUCAACCCCUGACCUCUUUGACACUACCAGGACACACAGAGGGUCAGUCUCCUCUCUGACCACUGGGCUGAGAGCAACCAGCUCCUCUGAGGGAAGCAGCCCAGCAAGAGAGACCAGCACUGGCCCAUCUGAAGGGGCCACCGGUACUGCCACUACAGUGUCCAGGGCGGACGUCAUCUCUUCUGGAAAGAUACCCGCCCUACAGCCAGGUGGAACCCCACAGUCACCAGGCACCCCUACUGGAGUGACCUCUGGGUUCUCCGGUUCCUCUGUCACGGCAGCAUCUGUGGGCACGACCAUCACCAAGUCAGGUCAUGGUGGAGCCACACCACAGAGGACCCUCACUGGGGACACACCAACCAGAACCGCAUGGGUGGGAGCCCCCUCAGCUGUGACUCCGAGGAUACUUCAGUCAGAGGUCACCACUCGUGGAAGCACAGGUCCUGAGCAUGUGUCAAGGACUCUCCCAGCCACUACGGAUGAAACAACUUCUGGUUCCUCCGUGCUGGCUUCCCCUUCCAUGACCCCACGACCUGCGUCCUCCACCUUAGCAGAGGACAGCACCUCUUUCUCUCUCCCCACUCCGUCACUGCUCUCGUCCGGCCUGAAGAAGAUCAUGGAGGAUUUGAGCACCAGCUUGGAAGAGGAAACCAGGUCACCUUCCUUUCUGACCACAGGACUGAGGGAGACCGGCAGCUCAGAGACCAGUAGCUGGACUGCAGAGGUCAGUACGGACCUCUCUGCAUUGCCCACUGCUGCUACCACUGCAGUGUUCCGGAUGGAAGACAUCUCUUCCAGCCACGCACACGUCGCUAGCUCAGGUCAGUCCACAGAGUCACCACGCGCUCACACAGGGAAAAUCUCCCUGUUCUCUGAGUCCCCUGUCGUGACAGAAUCUGUGCAGGUGACCAUCACCACCCAGACAAGUGCUCUGGGGACAGCAAUGCAGGGCAUGCUCACUGGGGGAACGUCGCCCUCAACAUGGCAGGCAGGGACCACAUCCAUGGAGAGUGACCACCCAGAGGAGACUGGUCUCCUGAGCAUGGGCCCUGAGCAUAUGUCCAGGGCAGGCACGGCCUCUGUGGAGGAAGCAGCCUCUGUCUCUGCCCUGCUGUCCUCCCCUGCGGUGACCCCACCUUCUCCUGCUCCCUCCACGCUACCCGCGAGCAGCCCCUCCUCUCCUCCGGCCACUUCUGCCCAGCUUACCCCUGGUCUCAUGAAGACCACAGAAGUUAUAAGCCCAAGCCCGGAACCAGAAUCCAGUCCAUCUCUAAAUCUGAGUAGCACCCCAGUUAGUGCACUGGGCUCCUCUGAAGUCACCCCAGAGUCAGAGAACGUUCCCCCUUCCUCAGAGGCAGCUGCGACCACAGUGGAGACCACCAGUGCUGCACAAGGACCCCCUUCCUCUGCCCCAGCUGACCCAGAGUCCUCCACAGCCACGUCUCCACAGGUGGCCGCCUCCCCCUUGGGGGACACAAGGUUUGUCCCAUCAACCCCUGACCUCUUUGACACUACCAGGACACACAGAGGGUCAGUCUCCUCUCUGACCACUGGGCUGAGAGCAACCAGCUCCUCUGAGGGAAGCAGCCCAGCAAGAGAGACCAGCGCUGGCCCAUCUGAAGGGGCCACCGGUACUGCCACUACAGUGUCCAGGGCGGAAGUCAUUUCUUCUGCAAAGACACCCGCUGAGGUGUCCUGGACAGAAGUCCUCUCUUCUGGUGAGACACCCACCCGACAGCCAGGUGGAACCCCACAGUCGCCAGAUACCACCACUAGAAAGACGUCUGGAUUCUUUAGCUCCUCUGUCGCGACAGAACCUGCAGACGUGACCAUUCCUGCCAGGUCUGGGCACUCCGGGGGUGUAACACCCAGCACCGUCACUGGAGAAACAUCAAUCACAGCCCCAUGGCAACAGUUCCCUACGGGUGAGACUCAGAGUCCUGACUCGGAAACAAUCACUCCAACGAGGAGGAAUCCCAAGCAGACAUCAAGGGCACAUUCAACCCCUGUGGGCAAAACAGCCUCUGAUGGAUCCUGGAAACCAUUCUAUGAUGCAGCCUCAUCUUCUCCUGCCACCUUCGUAACACCUGAGAGUAGCCGCUCAUCACAUGAUACCAUUUCUUCACGGCUCACAUCUGGUGGGGUGAAGACCACGGACGCUCUGAGCACAAGCCCAGGAGCUGGAACCAGGCCACCUCUAAACGCGAGUACCGCCUCUCUUGAAAUACUGAGCACUUCUGGAGACAUCACAGAUGCUCAGAGAGUCCAUCUGUCCUCAGAAACAGAGACAACCACACAGGACCCUACAAGUCCUGGGCAGGAGGCAUACUCCUCUGUCCCAGCUGGCCCAGACACCAGCAGAGGCACAUCGUCACAGGUCUCCCAUGUCACCAUGAGACAGACACGUGUUUCCACCAUGGUGCGUGCAUUGCCUGACACUGUGCAGACACGCACAGAACCAACUUCCUCUCUGACUAGGAGACUGAGGGAUGCCAGCACUCCUGAGAUGUCCACAGCGACAGCCACUGGCCUUGCUGACAUUCCCAGUGGUCCUACCACAGUGGUCUCAGGCACAGAAGUUGUCUCCUCUGGGGGAAAUUCCCUCCCUGGCCUUGCUCAAGCCACAGGGUCUGCAGAUACCCCUGCUGGAGACACCGCUGCUGGGUUCUCCCGUUCCCCUGUCUUGUCGGAAUCUGUGAGCCUGACCAUCAGCACACAGACUGAUCAUGCCAGGACUGCAACAUGGAGCACGCUCACUGGGGACACAGCAGCCACAACACGGUGGACAAGGACCACGUCAGAGGGGACCUGGAGUCUCCCCCACUCAGAGAUGGGAGGCCUUCUGGGUACAAGUCCUGAGUAUGUGUCACGGCUGAGCAUGGCCUCUGUCUCUGCCUUGGUGUCUCUCCCCACCAUGACCUCACCUUCACCUUCAUCUGUGACUGCUUCUCCUCAGCUCACUACUGGUCUCAUGAAGGCCACGGGAGCUGUGAGUGCAAGCCCAGAACCAGAAUCCAGUCCUCCAAAUCUGAGUAGUGCCUCAGUUGGUGCACUGGGCUCCUCUGAAGUCACCCCAGCGUCAGAGAACGUUCCCCCUUCCUCAGAGGCAGCAGCAAGCACAGUGGAGGCCACCAGACCUGGACAAAGACUCCCUUCCUCUGCCUCAGCUGUCCCAGAGUCAUCCACAGCCACGUCCCCACAGGUGGCUGCCUCCGCCUCGGGGGACACAAGUAUUUCCCCAUCAACCCCCGACUUCUCAGACAUGGAGAGGAUGCACGGAGGGCAAACCCCUUUCCUGGCCACCGAAUGGAGAGCAGCCAGCACCCCUGAGGCGACCAGCUCGGCAGCAGAGACCAGCACUGGCCUUAUUGAAGGGGCCACAGGUGCAUCCACAGAGGUAGCCAGGAGCAAAAUCAUCUCUUCCGGCAGCACCCUUGCUCCUCCCACAACUCAAUACACACAAUGGCCAGAUGUCGCUACUGGAAAGACCUCUGGGGUCUCCAGCUUCCCUGUGAGGACAGAGUCUGCAGACACGACCAUGUCCACUCAGUCAGGUCACGGCAGGGAUCUCCGUGGGCACACGGCAUGGGUGGGGACCCCCUCGAGUGUGACUCGGGGUCUUCCUCACUCAGAGGUCACCACUCCUAGCAGCAGGGGUCCUGCGGACAUGUCGAGGGCUCACCAGCCCUCAGUGGAUACCAUCUCUGACCCUCCCCAGCUGUCUACUCCUGCUGGGACCUCACCCCCUGCCUCCUCCAUGUUGGCAGUGGCUGGCACCUCUUUAUCUCCUUCCAUGCCUUCACUGCCCAUGGCUGGCCUGGAGAAGACCACAGAGGACUCAAGCACACGCGUGGAAGUGGAGAUGAUCACCAGAGUGAGGGAGACCAGUGGCCCUGAGGUGGCCAGGUCGACUGCAGAGACAAACACUGCCCAUUCUGAACUGCCUGCUGGAGCUACCACUGAGGAAACCAGGAUGGAAGCCCUCACUUCUAGCCCAGCUCAAUCCACGGUCUCACCACACACCCUCACUGGGAAGAUCUCCAGGUUCUCCAAGUAUCUUGUCAUGACAGGCUCUGCACACAUGACCAUCACCACCAAAACAAGUACCCCGGGAGCACCAACACAGAGCAUCCUCCCCGGGGAAAAGGCAACCACCGCAUCAAUGGAGACGCAGCCCUCAGAGCAGACAGGUUGUCCGAGCACGGGCCCUGAGGGUGCACUGAGACCACGCACUGCCUCUGUGGGGGAAGCAGCCACCAGCUCUGCCCUCUUGUCUUUUCCUGCCGCGGCCUCACCUUCUGCUGCCUCCUCUACACCAUCAGAGAGCAGCUCCCCCUCCUCUCCGACCGUCUCCUCUAGCCAUGCACAGCUCACCUCUGGUCUGACAGGGCACACACAGCUUUUGAACGCAAGCUGGCAACCAGAACCCAGUCCUUCUCUAAACCCGAGCAGCACUUCAGUGAACAUGCUGGCUUCCUCUGAGGUCACCCCAGAGUCAGAGAAUGUUCCCCCUUCCUCAGAGGCAGCAGCGACCACAGUGGAGCCCACCAGUCCUGGACAAAGACUCCCUUCCUCUGCCCCAGCUGACCCAGAGUCAUCCACAGCCACGUCUCCACAGGGGGCUGCCUCCGCCUCGGGGGACACAAGUAUUUCCCCAUCAACCCCUGACUUCUCAGACAUGGAGAGGAUGAACAGAGAGCAAACACCUUCCCUGACCACUGGAUGGAGAGCAGCCAGUACCCCUGAGGCGACCAGCUUGGCAGCAGAGACCAGCGCUGGCCCUUCUGAAGGGGCCACCGGUGCUGCCGCUGUGGUGUCCAGGACAGGGGUCGUCAUCUCUUCUGGCAGGACACCCAACCCACAGUCAGCUCAACCCACACAGUCAGCAGACGCCACGGCUGGGAAGGCCUCUGGGUUCUCUAGCUCCUCUGGGAUGAUGCAAUCUCCACACACAACCAUCUCCUCCCAGGCCGGUCAUCACGGGGCAGCAACCCACGGCACCCUCAGUGGGGACACCUCAAACACGGCCGUGUGGGUCGGGACCCCCUCCACCGCGACUCCGCACCCUCCUCACUCAGAGGUCACGGUUCUUAGGAGCAGGGGGCCUGAGAACGUGUCAAGGACCCUCCCACUCUCUGUGGAUAAAACAGCUUUGGAGUCUUUCCUGCUCUCGUCCUCGGCCAAGACCUCACCUGCCGUGUCCACAUUAGCAGAGGACAGCCCCCCUUUGGCUCUCACCACUUCUUCACUGCUCACGCCCGGCCUGAAGGGGACCACAGAUGAUCUGACCACCAGCCCGGGAGAGAAAACCAGCCCACCUUUCUUGCUGACCAUGGGAGCGACAGGGACCAGCAGCUCUGAGGCAACCGGCUCAAAUGCAGAGGCCAGCAGUGACCUUUUUGCCUCUCCCGCUGGUGCUGCCACUGAGGUUCCCGGGACGGAAGUCUCCUCUAGCCAUGCACACAUCCCAAGCUUUCUUCCACCCACAGAGUCACCACAAUCCCCCACUGGAAAGCUCUCCAGGCUCUCUAACUCCCCUGCCUUGAUAGAAACCGCAGACCUGAGCAUCACCACCCCAACGGGACAUUUCAAGGCUACAACACACGGUGCCCUGUCUGUGGCAAAGUCAGCCACAGUGUCACGGACAAGGUCCACUGCGGCCGUGACCGCGAGUCUUCCUCGCUCAGGAGGGACUGCUCUCAGAGGCACAGGUCCUGGGGGCGUGUCAAGGACGAGCCCACCCUCUCUGGGUAAAACGACUUCUGACUCUCUGCUGGCCUUCGCUUCCAUGACCUCACCCCCUGAACUCUCUCCCUUAGCAGGGGACAGCAUCUCUUCUCUUUCCACUCUUUCGCUGCUCACGCAUGGCCUGAAGACGAUCACGGAGGAUUUGAGCACCAGCCUGGAAGAGGAAACCAGGCCGCCUUCCUUCCUGACCACGGGACUGAGUGAGCCCAGCAGCUCUGAGGCAGCCAACCCAGCUCCACAGGCCAGCAGGGACGUUUCUGAAGUGCCCCCUGGUGCGACCACUGUGGUGUCCAGGACAGAAGUCAACUCGGGCCGAGCACACAUCCCUAGCCCAGUUCAGCCCACAGCAUCACCACACACCCACGCGGGAAACACCUCCAGAGCCUCUAACUCUCCUGCCACUGUAGCAUCUGCAGACAUGACCGCUGCCACCCCGGCAAGUCAUGCUGAGGACACAACACACAGCACCCUCACUGGGGGAAAAUCAGCCCCAAGCUCUCGGGCAGAGCCUCAGGCAGCCGAGACUCAGAGUGCUCCCAACUCAGAAAUGAACACCUUUAUGGGCGGGAGUCCCGAGAACGUGUCCAGGGCAAGCACGGCCCCCGUGGAGGCGACAACGUCUGGCAUUUCCCCCAGAACAUGGCAUGAUGGGACCUCACCUCCCGUGGCCUCCGUACUUCCCGAGAGCAGCCGCCCUUCCCUCCGCACUGUUACUUCCCUGCUCACCCCUGGCAGGCUGAAGAGCACCGACGUUCCGACCGCAGGCUCUGCAGCUGGAACCGGGUCAUCUCUGAACUUGAGAGCCACCCCACUUGCGGUACAGCCCGCCUCUGUGGACACCACAGACGCAGAGAAAGUCCGUUCUUCAGAAAGUGCCGCGGUCACAUGGCACACAAGUCCUGGACAGGAGUCAUAUCUGUCCGUUCCAGCCGGCCCAGAGACAAACACAGUUAUACCUGCAGGGGUUUCCGAUGCCACCACGGGGGAAGCCAGCGUGCUUACCAUGGUGCCUGCCUUACCGGACACCAGCAGGACGCACACAGAGACAACGUCCUCACCGACAGGCAGACUGAAGGAGACCAGCGCCUCUGAGGUCUCCGCAGCACGGACAGACACAGGCACUCUCGACACGCCAGCUGGUGCUACUGAGGCACCCUCUAGGACAGAACCCGCCCCCUCUGUAGGAAAUCCUACCCUGGGCCUUGCUGAGCCCACAGAGUCACCAGAGCCCCCGGGGAGAAAGAUCACAGAGCUCCCUGGCUACCCUGUCACGACUGGGACUGCAGGCCUGACCACUGCCACCCGCUCAGGUCACUUCAGGACUGCAACACAGAAGCCCCUCAGCAGGGGCGUGUUUACAACAGCACAGUGGGCUGGGGCCAUGUCUGUGGGAACUCAGCGUCUCCCCCACUCAGAGGUGACAGGGCUCCUGGGCACAAGUCCCGGGAAUGUGCUGAGGGUGAGCACGGCCUCCUCCUCCUCGGAGGCCACCACAGUGUCUGCCCUGCUGUCGCUCCCUGCCGCGGCCUCACCCUCUCCUGCUCCCUCCACGUUACCGGCGAGCAGCCCCUCUGCUCCUCUCACAGCUUCUGCCCUCCUCACCUCUGCUCUGGGGAAGACCACAGAAGUUGUAAGCCCAAGCCCGGAACCAGAAUCCAGUCCAUCUCUAAAUCUGAGUAGCGCCCCAGUUAGUGCACUGGCCUCCUCUGAAGUCACCCCAGAGUCAGAGAACGUUCCCCCUUCCUCAGAGGCAGCUGCGACCACGGUGGAGCCCACCAGUCCUGGACAAGGACCCCCUUCCUCUGCCCCAGCUGACCCAGAGUCAUCCACAGCCACGUCUCCACAGGUGACUGCCUCCCCCUUGGGGGACACAAGUAUUUCCUCAUCCACACCUGGCCUCUUUGAUACUGCAAAAACUCACAGCCAGCCAGCUUCUUCCAGGUCCACUGGAUUGAGAGCUACAAGCUACUCUGGGGGGACCAGUUCCCCAGCAGAGGCGAGCACUGGCUUUUCUGGAGGGGCCUCUGGUGCUGCCACUGAGAUAUCCAGGACACCAGUCAUCCACUCUGGCAGCACACCCGCCCCACAGUCAGCUCACAUCCCACAGUCACCAGCCACCCCCACCGGAAAGACCUCUGGGUUGUCCAGCUCCUCGGUCGUGGUGGGUCCUGGGGACAUGGGCGUCUCCGUCCAGUCGGGUCACCGUGGGGCAACAGCACAGAGGACACUCACUGAGGAUAUAUCAGUCGGGACCACAGGGCUGGGGACUCCCUUGACUGUGACACCGAGUCUUCCUCACACAGAGAACACUGCUCUUAGGAGGAGGGGUCCUGAGAACGCACCAAGGACUCGCCCAACCCCUCUGGCUAAAACAACCUCUCAGUCUUCCCUGCUGUCUCCCUCUGCCACGACCUCACCUGCUGUGUCCACGUUAGCGGAGGACAGCCCCUCUCUUGCUCUUACCGCUUCUUCACUGCUCACGUCGGGCCUGAAGGGGACCACAGAUGAUUUUAGCAACAGCCCGGAAGAGAAGACCAGUCCACCUUCUUUCCUGACCAAGGGACUGAGGGAGACCAGCGGCUCUAAUGCAACUGGUUCAACUGCAGAGGCCAGCACUGACCUUCCAGAAUUGCCCACUGGUGCCACCACUGAGGUUAUUGGGACAGAAGUCUUCUCCUUUAGCCAAGUGCACGUCCCAAGCCCAACUCCACCCCUGGAGCCAGCACACACCCCCACUGGAAAGAUUUCCAGGUUCUCCAGCUCUCCUGCUGUGACAGAAACUGGGGAUGUGACCAUCGUCACCCAAACUGGUCACACUGAAAGUACAACACACAGCACCCUAGCUGGGGAAAGGUCAACCACACACUCAGCGGGAGGAUCCCAUAGGGCUGUGACUCAUGACCCUUCCAACUCAGAAAUGACCACUCUAGUGAGCUGGAGUCCUGGGCAUGCCUCAUGGGCAAGCACGGCCUCUGGUGAUGCCCACAAAUCCUUCCACGAUGAGACUGCACCUCCUGUUGCCUCCAUGUUACCCAAAAGCAGCCCCUCGUCUUUUCCAACCGUCUCUUCACUGCUCGCUGCUGGUCUCACACAGACCACGGAAGUCUUGAGCACGAGCCAGCAACCAGGGAGUGUGUUGUCUCUAAAUCUGAGUAGCACCUCAGUUAACGUGUUGGCAGAUUCGGACAAAGUUCUUCCUUCCUCAGAUGCAACAGUGACCAAAGUGGAGACCGCCAGUCCUGGACAAGAAUUGCCUUCCUCUGGUCCAGCUGACCCAGGGUCAUCCAAAGCCACAGCUCCACAGGUCACUCUGCCCACUUUGGGGGAUGUGAGUAUUUCCCUAUCAACCCCUGCCUUUUUUGAAUCUUCAAGAAUGCACAGGGGGCCAACAGCCUUCCUGACCACAGCAUUGAGGACAAACACAGUCUCUGAAGGAACCAGCUCGACGGCAGAGAGCAGCGCCGGCCUUUCUGGAGAGGCCUCCGGUGCUGCCGCCGAGGUGCCCAGGACAGAAGUCACCUCUUCUGGCAGCACGGCUGUGCUACAGCAAGGUCAGGCUGCACAAUCACCACGCAUCACUGCCGGGAAGGCCUCUGUGUCCUCCAGCUCUCCUGCCGCGACAGGAACUGUGGGUGUGACCAUCUCCCUCCAGACAGGUCCUCGUGGGGCUACCACACAGAGGACCCUCAGCAGUGAAGCAAGCAGAACCACAUGGGUGAAGACCCCCACGACCCUGACUUGGGGCCUUCCUCACUCGGAGAUGGCUGCUCUUAGGAGUGCAGGUCCCGAGGCGGUGUCGGGGACUCACCCACCUUCUGGGGAUACACCAAGUUCUGCCCCUUUCCUGCUGUCUUCCCCUGUGGCGACUUCACCCCCUCCGGCUGCUGCUGAAGCAGAGGGCAGCUCCCCUUUAUCUCUUACCACUUCUUCACUGCUCACCUCUGGCCCGAGUGCAAGUCAGGGCACAGCGGCCAGCCAGCUUGCUUCAGUGACCCCGAGACUGAGGGAGGCCAGAAGCCCCGAGGCAACCAGCUCAGCUGCACAGACUGGCACUGACAUUUCUCAGCUGUCCACUGGUGCCACCGCUGAGGUACGUGGGACAGAAGUCAUCUCCUCUAGCCAAGCGCCCAUCCCCGGCCCAGCUCAGUCCACAGAGUCACCACACACCCACUCUGGAAAGAUCUCCAGGUUCUCUAAGUCCCCGGCCGUGGCGGGGUCUUCAGAGAUUACCAUCAUCCCCCAGUCAGCUCGCCGUACAGACACGGCACAGAGCACUCUUCCUGGGGACACAUCAGCCACAAAGUGGUGGGCAAGCAGCACCUCGACCGUGGCCCAGAGUCUGUCCCACUCGGAGGUGAGCGCUCUUACAAGCAGCAGUCCUGACGUCAUGUCUGGGUCAACCCUUCCCUCUGCGCACAAAACCAUCUCUGACUCUUCCAUAGUGUCUCCACCUGCCACGACCUCACCCCUGGCUGUCUCCUCCCCAUCACAAGAAAGUAGUCCCUCCUCUCCAGGUACCAUUUCUUCACUGCUCACAAUGGAUCUGGGUAAGACCACAGAUGUCUUGACUACAAGCCUUGAACCAGUAACAAGUCCGCCUCCAGGUCUCAGCAGCUCCUCAACUGAAAUUCUUACCACCUCUGCGGUCACAACAGCUCCUCCAUCUUCUGACCCAGGGAUGACCCUCGUGGCAUCCAGGAUUCCUGGAGCUGAAGCACGUUCCUCUGUCCCACCUGACUCAGGGGCAUCCAGAGCCAUAUCCUCUCUGGUUUCUGCCACCACCUUGGGAGACACAGGUGUUGCCACCGGAACGGCUGCCCUCUCUGACAUUAAGAUGCCUACUUCACCAGCCUCCUCCCAGACUAGGGGACUGAUGGGGACCAGCUCCUCUGGGGCUACCAACUCCACUGCGGGAAAAACCGCUGGGCAUUCUGAUGUGCCCACUGGAGCUUUUACUGAGAUCACUGGGACAGAAGCCAUUUCCUCUGGGGGAAAUCCCACCUCUGGCUUUGCUCAAUCUACGGAGUCUCCAGAUACCCACGGUGGAAAAAUGACCAGGUUCCCUAUCUCUCCUGUUGUAACAGAACACGCACAGCUGACCACCACCACCCAAAUUACUCACCUCGGGACUACAGCACCAAGCACUCUCGCUGCAGGGCAGCAAACCCCAGCGUGGUGGGUGGGGACUCAGAGUGGCCUAGAGGUGACCGAUCUCCUGAGCAUGGGCCCUGAGAAUGUGCUGAGGGCAACCACGGCCUCUGCAGAUGAAUUAGCCUCUGCCUUUGCUGUGCAGUCUCUCCCUGCCACGGCCUCACCUCCUGUUUCCUCCACGUUACCCGAGGGCAGCCCCUCCUCUCCUCUCACCGCUUCUUCCCAGCUCACCUCUGCUCUGAGGAAGACCACAGAAGUCUUGAGCACAAGCCAGUCCCCGGAAUCCAGUCCAUCUCUAAAUCUGAGCAGUGCCCCAGUUGGUGCACUGGCCUCCUCUGAGGUCACCCCAGAGUCAGAGAACGUUCCCCCUUCCUCAGAGGCAGCAGUGAGUAGGGUGGAGCCCACCACUCCUGCACAAGGACCCCCUUCCUCUGCCCCAGCUGACCCAGAGUCAUCCACAGCCAUGUCUCCACAGGUGGCCGCCUCCACCUUGGGGGACACAAGUAUUUCCUUAUCAACCCCUGCCUCUUUGAACACUACAAGGAUGCACAGAAGGCCAACCUCCUCUCUGCCCACUGAACGGAGAGGCACCAGCACCCCUGAAGGAACCAGCUCAACAGCAGAGACCAGCACUGGCCUUUAUGGAGGGGCCACAAGCGCUACGACUGCAGUGUCCAUGGCAGAAGCCGUCUCUUUGGGCAGCACACCCAUCCCGCAGUCAGCCCACACCCCACAGUCACCAGAUAGCCCCACUGGGAAGACAGCUGGGUUCUCCAGCUCCUCUGUCACGAUGGAAUCUAUAGAUGCGAUCUUCUCUGUCCAGGCAGGGCAUGGCAUGGCUCCAACACAGAGGACCCUCAGUGGGGACACAUCAACCACAGCCACAACCACGUGGGUGGGGACUCAGAGUCUUCCUCACUUGGAGGUGACUGCUCUAAGGAGCAUGGGUCCUGAGAAUGUGGCAAGAACGAGCCCACCUUCUGUGGAUGAAACAAUUUCUGAUUCCUCUCUGCUGUCUCCCCAUGUCAAGACCUCUCUUCCUACGUCUUCCACGUUAGUGGAGGACAGGACCUCUUUUUCUCUUGCCACUUCUUCACUGCUCGCAUCCAGCCUGCAGAAGAACACACAGGAUUUGACCACCAGCCUGGACAUGGAAGCCAGUCCACCUCCUUUCCUGACGACGGAACCGAGAGAGACCAGCAGCUCUGAGGCAACCAGCUCAACUGCAGAGACCAGCACUGGCCUUUCUGAAUCACCUGCUCCUGCUACUACCGAGGUGUCCAGGACGGAUGUCCUUUCUAGACAAGUACAUAUCCAUCGAACAGCUCCACCCAUGCAGUCACCACAAACCCCCAGUAGAAAGGUCUCCACACUCUCUAACCCCCUGGACAUGACAGAAUCUGUAUACGUGACCAUCACCAACCAACGAAGACCUCCCAGGACAACAAUGCAAAGCACCCUCGUUGGGGAAAAGCCGACCACAACACGGCAUGCAGGGGCCAUGUCGAUGGAGACUCACCACUCCGAGGUGGCCGGUCUCCUGAGCACAGGUCCUAAGAAUGUGUCAAGGACAGCCACGGCCUCUAUAGAGGACACAAGCUCUGUCUCUGCCCUGCUGUCUUCACCUGCGGUUUCCCCAGCUUCUCCUGUUCCCUCCACGUCAUCAGAGGGCGGCCCCUCCUCUCCUCUGGCCACUUCUGCCCAGCUCACCUCUGGUCUGAGCAAGACCACAGAAGCUUUAAGCCCAAGCCCAGAGUCAGAAACCAAUCCCCCUCCAAAUCCAAGUAGUGCCUCAGCUAAUGUAUUGACUUCCCCUGAUGUCAUCCCAGAGUCAGAGAACGUUCCUCCUUCUUCAGAUGCAACGAUGACCACAGUGGAGCCCACCAGUGCUGCACAAGGACCCCCUUCCUCUGCCCCAGCUGACCCAGAGUCAUCCACAGCCACGUCUCCACAGGGGGCCGCCUCCGCCUUGGGGGACACAAGGUUUCUCCCAUCAACCCCUGACUUCUUUGACACUACCAGGACACACAGAGGGUCAGUCUCCUCUCUGACCACUGGGCUGAGAGCAGCCAGCUCCUCUGAGGGGACCAGCUCCACAGCAGAGAGCAGUGCUGCCCUUUAUGAAGGGGCCAGUGGUGCCACCACUGCAGUGUCCUGGACAGCCGCCGUCUCUUCUGGCAGCACAGCUGUCUUGCAGCCAUCGCUAACCACACAGGCAGCUGACACCCCCACUGGGAAGACCUCUGGGUUCUCCAGCUCCCCUCUCAUGACAGAGUCUGUGGACACAAACAGCUUCACACAGCCAGGCUCUCGUGGGGCUACCACACAGGGAAGCCCCAGUGAGGACACAUCAACUGGAACCACAUGGGUGGGGACCCCUUCAAUAGGGCCUCAGAUUCUUCCUCACUCAGAUGUGACCACGCCUAGAGGAAAGGGUCCUGGGAGUGACAUGGAAGCCAGCCCACCUUCCUUCCUGACCACAGGUGGGAGGGAGACCAGCAGCUCAACCACAGAGACCAGCCCUGUCCUGCCUGAAUUGUCCACUGGUACCACUACAAAACUGUCCAGGAUGGAAGGCAUCUCCUCCAGCCAGGCACACACUCACAGCCCAGAUCAAUCCACAGAGUCAACACAUAUCCACACUGGAAAGACGACCAGGUUUUCAGACUCCUUGGCAAAGACAGAACUUGCACAGAUGACCAUUACCACCCAAACGGGUCCUCCUACGGCCACAACACAGAGCACCCUCACUGGGGAAAAGUCAUUUACAACACGGUGGGCAGGGGCCACAUCCAUGGAGACUCACCCCUCAGAGGAGACGGGUGUUCUGAGCAUGGGUCCUGAGCACGUGUCCAGGGCAGGCACGGCCUCUGUGGAGGAAGCAGCCUCUGUCUCUGCCCUGCUGUCGUCGCCUGUCCUGACCCCAGCUUCUCCUGCUCCCUCCACAUUCACAGACACCAGUGGCUCCUCCCCUAUGACUGUUUCUCCAUGGCUCACCUCCAGGUUGAUGAAGACCACUGAAGUUGUAAGCACAAGCCCGGAACCAGAAUCCAGUCCAUCUCCAAAUCUGAGUAGUGCCCCAGUUAGUGUAUUGGCCUCCUCUGAAGUCACCCCAGAGUCAGACAACAUUCACCCUCCCUCAGACACAGCAGUGACCGCAGUGGAGACCACCAGUCCUGCACAGGAAUUGCCUUUCUCUGUGCCUGGUGAUACAGUGACUGCCUCUUCCUCUGGGGAUACAAGCAUUUCCCCAACAACCCCUGCAUUCUCUGACACUACGAGGGUGCAGAGAGGAACAGCAUCCUCUCUGACCACUGGACUCAGAGCCAACAGCGCCUCUGAGGGGACCAACUCAACAGCAGAGACCAGCACUGGCCUUUAUGGAGGAGCCGUUGGUGCCACCACUGAGCUGUUCAUGGCAGAAGCCAUCUCUCCUGGCAGGACACCCAUCUCGCAGUCAGCUCAAACCCCACAGUCACCAGACACCCCCACUGGAAAGACAGCUGGGUUCUCCAGCUCCCCUGUCACAACCAAGUCUGUGGACAAAGUCGUCUUCACCCCGUCAGACCACCGUGAGGCUACCACAAAGAGGACCCUCAGUGGGGACACGUCAACCAGAACCACGGGGCCUCAGAGUCUUCCUCACUCAGACGUGACCAUGCCUACAAGGAAGGGUCCUGGGAGUGUGUCAAGGCCUGGCCCAGCCGCUGUGGAUGAGACAGUUUCUGACUCUUCCCCGCUGGUUCCCCCUGCCAUGAGCUCACUUCCUGUAUCCUCCACAGUGGCAGAGGCCAGCACCUCGUUUUCUACUCCUGCUUCUUCACGGGUCACACCUGGCCUCAAGAAGACCACAGCUGACUUGAGCACCACACCGGACGUGGAAGCCAGCCUACCUUCCUUCCUGACCACAGGUGGGAGGGAGACCAGCCGCUCAACCACAGAGACCAACCCUGACCUGCCCGAAGUGUCCACUGGUGCCACAGAAGUGUCCAGGAUGGAAGGCACCCCCUCCAGCCAGGCACACACUCACAGCCCAGUUCUGUCCACAGAGUCACCAAACACUGUCCCAAGUGAUGUCUCCAGGUUCUCUACAUCCCCUGCCAUGACACAACUUGCCAAAACGACCAUCUCCACCCAAACAGCUUCUCCUGGGACAACACAGGGUGCCCUCACUGGGGAAAAGUCAAUCCCAACAUGGCAGGCAGGGACCACAUCCAUGGAGUCCCACCACUCAGAGGUGACCCGUCUUCUCAGCAUGGGUCCUGAGCAUGUGUCCAGGGCAGGCAUGGCCUCUGUGGAUGAGAUAUCCUCUGUCCCUGCUCUCCUGAUUUUCCCUGACAAGACCUCACCUUCCCCUGCUUCCUCCACGUUACCAGAGAGCAGCCCUUCCUCUCCUCCAACUGUUUCUCCACAGCUCACUUCUGGUCUGACGAAGACCACAGAGGGUUUGAACUCAAGCCUGGAACCAGACACCAGCUUGUCUCUAAAUCUGAGUAGUACCUCAGUUGAUACGUUGGCCUCCUCAGAUGCAGCAGUCACCAAGGCAGAUCCCACUAGCCCCGGACAAGAACCCCCUUCCUCUGUCCCAGCUGACCCAGAGACAUCCAUGUCUCCAGAGGUGACCACCUCCCCCUUGGGGGAUACACGUAUUCCCCCAUCAACCCCUGACCUCUUUGACACUGCCAGGAUACACCAAGGGCAAACGUCCUUGACCACGGCAUUGAGAGCAACCAGUACCUCUGAGGCCAGCUCUACAGCAGAGACAAGCACCAGUCCUUCGGAAGGGGCCGGCGGUGCUAGCACUGAGGUGCCCUGGACAGAAACCCUCUCCUCUGGGAGGGCACCCCUCCCACACCCAACUCCACCCCCGAGGUCAGAAGACAUCACCACUGGAAAGAUCUCUGGGUUCUCCAGCUCCACUGACAUGACGGACUCUGCACACACGACCACCUCCAUCCAGUUAGGCCAUGGUGAGGAUGCAUCACAGAGCAGGCUCACUGGGCAGACAUCGACCUCAAGGCCAUGGGCAGAGAACCCCUCAAUUGGGACUCAUGGGCUUCCCCUCUUGGAAGUGACUGUCCUUGUGAGCAAGGGUUCUGAGACUACGUCAGAUUCAAGCCCUCUCCCUGGGGAAGAAGGCCCUGCUGUGUCUUCCCUUCCAUCUUUUCCUGCUGUAACCCCGCCACUUCCUCUCUCCUCUACCUUAUCAGGGGGUACCUUCUCCUCUCCUGUUACCGUUUCUCCACUGAUCACAUCUGACCCGGUGCAAACCAUAAACCAUCUGAGCACAAGCAUUGAACCGGAAACCCUUCCACAUUCUUCCUUGACUACUGGACUGAAGGAUACAGGCACUUCUGAGGCGACCAGCUCAAGUGUGCAGUUAAGCACUGGCAUUUCUGGCUUGCUUAUGGUAGCUACCGCUGAGGACUCUGGGACAGAAUUCGUCUCCCCUAGCAAGACAUCUGACCCACAUCCUGCUCAUUCUGUGAAGUCACUAGGUCUACCAACUGGAACAGUCACCCGGCUGUCAACAUCCCUUGCUGUGACAAAACCUGCAGACAUGGCUAGGAGCACCCAGGCUCUGCCACCUGUGGGUAUGUCAUAUGGUACCCAUGACUGGAACACAUCCAGCAAAAUGUCUUGGUCAAGGAUCCCGUCAACGGUGACCGGGAACUCCGCCCAAUCUGAAGCUCACGCUCUCAUGAGCAGUGGUCCAGAGAUGGCAGCAAGGAUGAGCACUCCCUCUGUGGACAACACCAACCCUGCCUCUCCUCUGAUGCCUUCCCCUGCCACGUCCUCACCCUCCCCUGCUUCUUCCACAUCAGAGGACAGCUCCUCCUCUUCGUUUCCCAUCACUUCACUCCCCGCUUCUUCCCAGGUGAAAACCAAAUAUGUGUUGGGUACCAGCCCAGGUCCACACACCAGUUCAACUCCACAUGUGAGGAGCACCUCAGGUGAGCUGCUGGCGAUUGCUGAAGCCGCUGCAGGCACUGAAACAGUGCAUCUUUCCACGAGGACAUCCAUGGCCACUGUGGGGACCACAGGUUCUGCACGUGAAUCACCUUUUGCUGGCCCAUCUGACCCAGAGAAGCCCAAAGUCACAUCUCUAGAGGUUUCCACCUCCACUAUAGGAGGUAAAAGUGUUUCCACAUCAACUUCUGCCUUCUCAGAUACUCUGAGGAUUCUUACAGAGCUGAGUUCCUCCAUGGCCACUGGACUGUGGGGGGCGGGAGCCUCUGAGGAAACCAGCUCCACUGCAGAGAUGAGUGCUGGCCUUCCGGAAGUGUCCACUGGUGCUACGACACCGGGCCCCAGGACAGAAGACAGCUCCUCUAGCAGAACACUCAUCCACCCUUCUCAGUCUACACAAACACUUGAUGUGGCCCCUGGAAAGCUCUCUGGGUUCUCCAGCUCUCCCAUCAUGACAGAGUCUGUGGACAUGACCAUUGCCACCCUGUCAGGACAUCCUGGGAAUAUAGCACAGACCACCCUUACCCAGGAAACCUCAGCCUCACGGGUGGGGGCCUCCUCAAUUGUGACUCAGAGUCUGCCCCAUUCAGAGGCAACCGCUCCUCUGAGCAGGAGCCCCAGGAGUACGUCAAGGCCAAGCCCACCCUCAGUGGAUGAAACAACCUCUGCCAUGAGUUCACCUGUGUCUGCUUCCUCCUCACUAGCAGAGGAGAGUCCUUCUCCCUCUGUUACUUCACAGCUCACUUCUCUGAAGGUGAAAACCACAGAUGUAUCAGCAAGAAGCCCAGGACCACACACCAGCUCAACUCUGAUCACAAGGAGCACCUCAGGGGAGAUGCUGCCUUCUUAUGAAGCCACUGCAGAUGCUGAAGCAGCAAAUCCUUCCACGGGGAAAGUGAUGACCACUGUGGGGACUACAGGUUCCACGCUGGCUGAUUCAGCGGUGUCCAGAGCCACGUCUUCAAAGGUUUUCUCAUCUACCUUGUGGGAUACUCCAGGGCCCAGCCCUUCUCCGACUGAGAUGGCUUACUUGCUGACUUCAAGCCUGAGGGAGACCAGCACCUCCCAGGGGGUGAGCUCUCGCCCUUCUGAAUUAUCCACUCACGCCACUACUGAGAUCUCCUGGCCAGAGGUCAUCUCCUCGAGCAGAACAUCCAACCCAGGCCCUGCUCAUCCCACAGAGUCACCACAUCACUCAGCUGGGAGGAUCACCAGGCUUUCCACCCCCUCUCUCAUGGCAGAAUCUGCAGAUGUGACCGUCACAACCCAUGGGCCACCCAUGGGGACAUCCUAUGGCACUCGUCACUGGGACACAUCACAUGGAACCGCAGGGCCAGUGACCCACUCAACUGUGACUUGGGGACUUCCCCACGCCAAGGUUAAGGCUGACACGAGCAGCAGUCCUCAGACAAUGUCAGGAAUGAGCAGUCUCCCUGUGGGAAACAGCAUCUCUACCUCCUCCCCGACACCUCUUCGUGCCAUGAGCUCAGCUUCUGCUGCCUCUCCUACAUUAUCUGAGAGUGGCCCCUCCCAUUCUCUGCCCAUGACGUCACCGCUGUCUUCUGCGCUGGAGGAAACCACAGACGCAUUGGGCGUAAGCCCUGCACCUAGCAGCAGUUCAGCUCCCAGCAGAAGCAGCACCUUAGGAGCCACUGCAGACACUAAGGCAACACAUUCUUCCCCAAGGACAGUGGUAACCACUGUGCAGGCCAGUUCUAUUGGGCGGGAAUCCAUUUCCUCUUUCCCAGGCAUCUCAGUUGCACCCAAAUUGACAUCUUCGAUGAUUACCAACUUCACCUCUACAGACCCCUCCAUUCCCACAAUGCCUGGCUCAUCUGAGAUUACCAGGGCCGCCAGGCAACCAACUUCCCCCAAGGCUUCUGGACUGCAGGAGUCAAUCCCCUCUGAGGAGGUCGGCUCUGUCAGCUGGGAAGAGCCUUCUGGCACUACCGCUGGGUUCUCCACGACAGAUGUCACCUCCUCUGCUAGGACACCUGUCUCUGGCCCCCCUCACUCCAAGAUGUCAUCAGACACUUCCACUGGGAAGAUCACAGAAAUGGCCAUAUCCACCCACACAAGUCCUCCCAUGGCUGCAAGGCAGAGUGGAGCCACAUCAACCUUGGCCUCCCAGGCAGGGAUCCGCGUGCCUGUGUCUGAGGGGUUUCCACACUCAGAAGUGACCAUGCUCCCAAGUGGCGGUCCUGAGAGAGCGUCACUGGCAAGUGCUUCCUCUGGGAAGGAACCUAGCCCUGUACAGCCCCCAGUACCUUCUCCUGCCAUGACCUCAACUUCUCCUCUUUCCUUGGCAUCACCAGGGAGUCUCUCCACGUCUCCUGGGUCUGUGGCUUCACUGCUCACCUCUGGCCUGAUGAGGACCUCAGACGUUUGGAGCACAGGUCCAGAGACUGGAACCAGCCCCUCUCCAAAACUGUACAGCACCUUGGCUGAAACACUGACCACCUCUGUAGUCAUCACAGUUUCAGAGGGCAUUCGUCCUCCCCCAGGCACAGCAGUGACCAAUGUGGGUACCACCAAUUUGGGACAUGAACCACAUUCCUCUUCCCCAACCCACUCGGAGUCAUCCAAGGCCACGGAUCCAAUGGUUGCCACCUCCUCCAUGGAUAAGGCUACUACUUACUCAUCAUUGCCUCCAAACUUGGAGGCUACCAGUCUUGAGGCAGAAUCAUUUUCCCAUUCGACUUCUGGAUUAAAGGAAAUCAGCACGUCCCUGUUGGCCACGCCCUCAAAUAUCCCCUCAUCUCCUGUUUUCACUCGCCUUGUGCAGCAGAGUCCUAAGGCUGACAUCACCCCUUCUCUGAAAACUUUGGUCCCACAGCAGCAGUCUGCAUCCUCACAGUAUACUGACACACCAGUGGAGAAAAUGACCCACUCUUACGCCUCUGCAUCUGUUAUGCAGUCCACUGGAGUCACCUCAUCCCCAAGACCCAAGUUUACCACGCCUGUAGCAGAAAGUGCUCACCACAUGAGCACCGAUAUGCUGCCUUCAGGGGCCAUGACUUCAUUUGCUGCAUCUCGAGUUCCGAGAGCCAGCUCAGCCGCCUUUCCAGGCAGUGCAUCCUCUAGGACUGGGGCAAGCCCUGGGGAUGCUACUGCGUCCUCCACUGCAAGGCGUUCACUGUUACCAGCUUCAACGCCAUUCCCCUCGCCUACCUUCACUACCACCGACUCUUUGACCAGCCCCACUCCCCAUGGGUUUGGUUCCUCUCCGGCUGCCUCACAUAUGAUAGAUACCAGUCUUGGGACAGAAAGUAGUGCCACUGAAGGACCGUUGCCUGGGGUCAGUCAUUUGGUAACUUGGAACCAGCCGACUGGGACAUCUUUAUCACCCAUUUUGGAUACCAGCACGACACCGAGUGUUGACUUUGGAAUAGUGACAAGUGCAUUUCAGGUGCCUCCACUCUCAACACAGUUAACAAGAACUGAAGGCAUCGUGGAGCGCAUCACAAAGCAACACGAUGGAGCGGCACAUGGAGGCAUCACAAGAGCAGUCAAAGGCCCCAGGGCAUCCACAUCACCUUCUCAUCCUAAAGGACGACCCACAGAAGGGAUGGAAGGAGCAGGCACUCUGACCACAACAGUCUCUACUCCUGCCUCGGGAACAAUGACGCCCCCCACGGCAUCCGAGAAGACGUCCAGCACAAGCACAGCAGGAAUGGUUGUUACAAUGUCAGCAGUGUCCUCCGAUGUCCCACUGAUGACAGCCUCUCUUGCCACCAGGCACGGGGCAGAGACCAGCACAGCCAUGCCCGGGACAACCUCGUCUGUUUUCAGUAGUGCACCAGAGACCACUGUCUCUUCAGUCCCUGGUCUGGGGGCAGAGACCAGUCCAGCUGUUACAUUUCUGACUGUUUCACAUGGUGAGCCAGCUGCAACAGCCUCACGGGUCAGCCACCCUGCAGAUACCAUCUCAAAUUUUUCCAAGACAACUCUGAGUGUCUCAUAUAAUGAAUCAGAUACCACACCCUCAACAAGCAUCGAUCCUGGCGCAGAGGUCAGUUCAGCAGUUCUAACCCCCUCAGCCUCCGCUGAGGUACCAGAUACGGUGACCUCACUGCCUACCAGUCCUGGGGCAGACACAAGUAUGGUUAUGCCAAUUACUGAUUCCCCAGAUGGACCAGAGACCACAGCCUCAUGGGCCACUCACCCUGGAGUGCUGACCAGUCAUUCCGUUCCAUCUCCAGCUAUUUCUCCCAGCGUGCCAGGGUUGCUGACCUCACUGGAUACUAGUACUGCGGCAAGGGCCACCUCAGCUGUUCCAACCCUGACUGUUUCCCCUGGUGAGCCAGAUUCAACAGCCUCCUGGGCCACCCUUCCUGCAGGGACCAGGCCACCUGUGUCCGGAACAACUCCCAAGUUUUCUCAGAGUAAAUCACACACCACACCCUCCAUGGCCACCAGUCCCAGGGCAGCAGCAAGUUCAGCACUUCCAAAAACAACUCUCUUGCCUGGUAUGCCAGAAAAUCUGACAUCACUGGUCCCUCAUUCCAGGACAAACAUCAGCACAACUUUUGUGACAAUGACUGAAUCCCAACAUGGUCCAGAGACGACAACUUCGUGGGUCACUCAUCCUGUAGAGUCCAGCCCAACAACACCCAGGACGAGCCCAGGUUUUUACAACAUUGAGGCCACACCCUCAAUGGCCACCAGUCCUGGUGCAGAAGCCAGGUCAAAUGUUCCGACUACAACUGUCUCACCUGGUGGACCAAGGGAGGUGAGCUCACAGACCACUAGUUCUGGGACAGACACCAGGACAACACCAGUACCACUGACCCUUUCUCCUUCUGAAGCUGUGCCCACAGCCUCAUCAAUCACCCAUCCUGGAGCACAGGUCAGUUUAGCUGCUCCAGUUCCAACUGUUUUACCUGGUUUAUCAGGGAUGGUGACCUCACUGGUCACUAGUCCUGAGAGAGAGACAGGUAAAACCAUUCCAAUUCUGACUGCUUUCCCCGAUCAACUGUAUACCACAGCCUCCUGGGUCAGCCAUUAUGGGACAGAAGCCAGUUCAGCUGUGACAACUGUAACUGUGUCACCUGGCACACCAGAUAUGGCAACCUCACUGUUCACAAAUACUGGGAUGGACACAAGCACAACUCAAGCAACCCUGACUCUUUCUCCUUCUGAACCACAGACCACAAACUCAAUGGUUACCCACAUUGGGGCACAGACAAGUACAGCCACUCCAUUAGGGAUGGUGACCUCAUCGGUCACUAGUUCCAAGACAAAGACUGAUUCUAUUUUUCCAACUCUGGCUGUCUCUGUGGAUCGACUGGAAAACACAGCCUCCUGGGUCACCCAUCCUGAAACAGAUGUCAGUUCAGCUAUUCCCACUUUGACUUUUUCCCCUGGUGGCCUAGAUACAAAAACCUCAUUGGUCACUCAGCCUAUAGAGGUCAAUGCAGCAGCACCCAGAACAACCCCCAGUUUUUCCUAUAGUGGGUCAGAUACCACAUCUUCGAUGGUCAUCAAUCCUAGGACAGAAGCCAGUUUAACUGUCCCAACUUCUAUUUCUAUUGGAGUACCAGGAGUGGUGACCUCAUUGGUCACUAGCUCCAGGACAGUGACUGGUACAAGGAUUCCAACUCUGAUGCUUUCUCAUGGUGAACCAGAAACAUCAGCCUCAUGGGGCACCCAUCCUGGGUCAGAGGCCAGUUCAACUGCUUCAACUUUGACUGUCUCCCCUUCACUGGCCUCUAUUUCUGGAGUACAACACAGUGCAUUUCCAACUCUGAUGAUGUCCCCAGGUCAACAAGAGACCACAGCCUCAUGGGGCACCCAUCCUGGGUCAGAGGCCAGUUCAACUGCUUCAACUUUGACUGUCUCCCCUUCACUGGCCACUACUUCUGGAGUACAACACAGUGCAUUUCCAACUCUGAUGAUGUCCCCAGGUCAACAAGAGACCACAGCCUCAUGGGGCACCCAUCCUGGGUCAGAAGCCAGUUCAGCUGCUUCAACUUUGACUGUCUCUCCUAGUGUACCAGGGUUAGUGACUUCACAGGCCACUACUUCUGGAGUACAACACAGUGCAUUUCCAACUCUGAUGAUGUCCCCAGGUCAACAUGAGACCACAGCCUCAUGGGGCACCCAUCCUGGGUCAGAGGCCAGUUCAACUGCUUCAACUUUGACUGUCUCCCCUUCACUGGCCACUACUUCUGGAGUACAACACAGUGCAUUUCCAACUCUGAUGAUGUCCCCAGGUCAACAAGAGACCACAGCCUCAUGGGGCACCCAUCCUGGGUCAGAAGCCAGUUCAGCUGCUUCAACUUUGACUGUCUCUCCUAGUGUACCAGGGUUAGUGACUUCACAGGCCACUACUUCUGGAGUACAACACAGUGCAUUUCCAACUCUGAUGAUGUCCCCAGGUCAACAAGAGACCACAGCCUCAUGGGGCACCCCUCCUGGGUCAGAAGCCAGUUCAGACAUUCCAACUUUGACUGUCUCCCCGAGUGAGCAGGAUACAACAGUAUUAUCAGUAACCCAUCCUGCAGAGACCAGCCCAAAUGUCCCCAACACAAUCUCAAGCUUUUCCCAUGGUGAAUCAUAUGGCAUACCUUCAAUGGCCACCAGUUCUAGGGCAGAAGCUGGUUCAACCAUUCCCAUAACAACUAUCUCACCUGAUGUACCAGAUAUGCUGACAUCACCAGUCACUAGUUCUGGGAUGGACACCAGCACAACUUCUCCAGCAUGGACUGUGUCCCCACAUGAGUCAGAGGUAACAGCCUCAUGGGUCCCUCAUCCUACAGAGACCAGGACCUUGAGUUUUCCUCACAGUGAAUCAGACACUACAGACUCAGUGGGCACCAGUCCUGGUGCAGAAGCCAGUUCACCCAUUUCAAUUCAAACAGUUUCACCUGGUAUACCAGGAACAGGAACUGCUAGUUCUGGGAAAGAUGGCAACAUGACUGCUGUAACUCUGACUCUUUCUCCUGCUGAGAAAGAGAGCACAAACACACUAGUCACCCAUCCGGAAUCACAGACCAGUUCUGUUCCAGUUCUUACUGCUUCCUCUGGUGAGCCAGAGACAACCGCCUCAUGGGUCACUCAUCCUGCACAGACUCGUGCUUCUGUUUCCAGAGUAAUCCCAACUUUUUCCCAUGGUGAAUCAGACAUGACACCUCUAUCGGCCACCAGUCAUGGGGCAGAAGCCAGUUCAGUCGUGUCAAGAGGGACCAUGUCACUGGGGGGACAAGAUACGCUGACCUCCCAGGUCAUUGGUUCUGGAGCAGUGAUGAGUACAAUUCUUCCGACUGUGACUUACUUUCCUGGUGAGCCAGAGGCUACAGCCUCAUCGGUUACCCACCCACGUUCCGAGUCAAGCACCAAAUCUUCAGCCUCAACUGUUUUUCCUCAUUUGUUGGAGACCACAGCCUCACCCUCCACCAGAACUGGGGUGGGAGUUAGUACGGCUCUUCCAACUCAGACUGCAUCCUUUGGUGGGCCGAAGACAACAUCUCUCUUCAGCCAGCCUGUGACGGAUACCAGCAGAGUUGGUCUAGGUUCGACUCUUUCAACUGCUGCUCCCAUGGAAACAUCCUCAUUAGCCACUCAUCCCAGGACAGAGACCAGCACAACAAUCCCAGCUUCAGCUGUUUCCCAUGGUGUGUCACACACCUCAGGCUUAUGGGUUACCAGCCCUUCAACAGAGGCCAGCACAGGUAGUCCUAUUCCAACUGUCUUUACUGGUGUCCCUGGGGUUGCCAAUACUCCUACAAUGACUGGUGAGCUCAGUACUGUAAUUGUAACAGAAACCUCACCAUUUAUGACUUCAGUUGGACUCCCAGAUAGUUCCAGGAUGGUCACAGGUACAGAGACCCCAACGUCACCCACAACCAGUCACAGCAAAGGAGCAAGUCCAACCACUGUCCUGAAAACUUCAGCUGUUGAGAUCAUGAAUUUGCUUGCCACAGGUUUUAGCCCCACCAUGGCUGAGACCACAGCCCCCUUCAGUACCUUGGUUGGAAACCCCUUUGCCCCUGUGACCAUGUCUGGGAUGUCCACCUGGGCCUGUGAGAGUAUGGCAGGAAUGAUCCAGGACCUGACUCAGCAUAGGUCUCCUUUUACUUCCACUGCAGCUGGGGUUCCUGCCUUGAUACCUUUCACUGUCAACGUCACCAUCACUAACCUGUACUACAUGGAGGACAUGGGCCACCCAGGCUCUGGGAUAUUCAAUGCCACUGAGAGGACCCUGCAGCAACUGCUGGAGGUCUUGUUUGAGAACAGCAGUGUUGGUUCCCUUUAUGCUGGUUGCAGGCUGACCUGGCUCAGGGCUGAAAAGGGUGGCACAUGCACCAGAAUGGAUGCCGUCUGCACCUUCCACCCAGACCCCACACUGGACAGAGAGCGGCUGUAUUGGGAGCUGAGCCGGCUGACCCGUGGUGUCACCCGCUUGGGCUCCUACACCCUGGACAGGGACAGUCUCUACAUCAAUGGUCCUGUGACCACAUUCUCCCCAGAAUCCCCAACAUCUGCGACCUCCACCCCCAGACCUACAGCUGAUGAGUUCCUGUGUGGUCUGACCCUGGUGCCCACCCAGCCUCAGCCUGCACACUCUGUUCCUUGCUUCCUUCUUCUCUGGCCACAUCAGCCUCAUUUCUGUUCCCAUGGGGCUCAACAUCUCUUUCUCUUUCUGACUCUACCUCCUUCACCUCUCCCUCCUGCUGUGGGCCCAGUCCUGAUGCCAUUCACCCUCAACUUCACAAUCACCAAUCUGCAUUAUAAGCCAGACAUGGGGCACCCAGGCUCCUGGAACUUCAGCUUCACGGAGAAGGCCCUGAAUCGCUUGCUGGAGCCCUUGUUCAAGAACACCAGUCUUGGAUCCAGCUACUCGGGUUGCAGACUGACCUUGCUCAGACCUGAGAGGAAUGGGGCAGCCACUGGCGUGGAUGCCGUCUGCACCUACCGUCCUGACCCCAUGGGUCCCAGUCUGCGCAGAGAGCAGCUGUACCAGGAGCUGAGCCAGCUGACCCACGGCGUCACCCAACUGGGCCUCUUCACCCUGGACAGGAGCAGCCUCUAUGUCAAUGGCAUGGCCUCCUUUUCUCCCUCCCCUGCUGCAGUGGCUGUCCCCUUCCUGGUGCCCUUCACCCUCAACUUCACCAUCACCAACCUGCAAUAUGAGCACGACAUGCAGCGCCCAGGCUCUGGGAAGUUCAACAGCACGGAGAGCAUCCUGCAGGGUCUGCUCAAACCCUUGUUCAAGAAUAGCAGCCUGGGAUUCCUCUACACGGGCUGCAGGCUAGCAUCGCUCAGGUCUGAGAAAGAUGGGGCAGCCACCAGAGUGAACGCCAUCUGCAAACAUCGCCCUGACCCUAAAGGCAUGGGACUACAGAGAGAGCGGCUGUACUGGGAGCUGAGCCAGCUGACCCAUGGCGCCACUCAUCUGGGACCCUAUAGCUUGGAGAGGGACAGUCUCUGUGUUGAUGGUUUCACCCACAGGAGUUCUGCAACCAUCACCAGCGCUCCCAGGACCUCUAGAGUGGACUUGGGAAUGUCUGGGAUUCCAUCCUUUUUCUCUGUGCCCAUGGCUGCCAGCCCUGCCCUGGUGCCCUUCACCCUCAACUUCACCAUCACCAACAUGCCCUACGUGACAGACAUGCAGCCCGGCUCUGCGAAGUUCAACUCCACAGAGUCAAUCCUACAACGCCUGCUCAAGCGCUUGUUCAGCAGCAGCAGCCUGGGUUCACUUUACACUGGGUGCAGACUGACGGCACUGAGACCUGAGAAAGGUGGAACCGCCACUGGAGUGGACACCAUCUGCACCCACCGUCCUGACCCUGCAGGCCGUGGGCUGGACAGGGAGCAGCUCUACUGGGAGUUGAGCCGGCUGACCCAUGGUGUCACCCAGCUUGGCUCCUACGUCCUGGACAAAGACCAUCUCUACAUCAACGGUGAGCAUCCCAUGGCCAUGGUGGAGAGUCCCACCUCACUCUUCCCCAUUCCUGCAGGUUACACCAGACCAGUCUUGACUUCUGUGCCCAGUGUUGCUGUGGCCCUCUCCUUGGGAACCUCAGCUGCUCCAGCCUCUUCCCUCAGCCCCACAGCCGCUGGCCCUGCCCUGGCACCCUUCACUCUUAACUUCACCAUCAACAACCUGAAUUAUACAGAGGACAUGCAGCCUCCAGGAUCUGGGAAGUUCAACAAAAUAGAGAAAGUUCUCCAACGCCUGCUGUCGCCCUUGCUCAAGAGCAGCACGGUUGGCUCCCUCUACUCUGGCUGCAGACUGACCCUGCUCAGGCCCAGGAAGAACGGAGCAGCCACAGAGGUAGAUGCCGUCUGCACCUACCGCCCAGACCUUAUGGGGCCCAAGCUGGACAGAGAGCAGCUGUACUGGGAGCUGAGUCAGCUGACCCACGGUGUCACUCGGCUGGGCAACUACACCCUGGACCAGGACAGUCUCUACGUCAACGGUUAUACUCAUCAGGCCGCAGCAUCCAUCCCCGGGGGUGAGUACUCUGUGACCCCAACGAUGCUGCCUCUGUCAGAGAAGGAAGCAGCCACAGCACCAUCCCUGGUGCCAUUCACCCUCAGCUUCACCAUCACCAACCUGCCCUAUGCGGAUGGCAUGCAGUCUUUAGGUUCCUGGAGGUUCAACAUCACAGAGGAGGUCCUGCAGGGCCUGCUUGGGCCCUUGUUCAGGAACACCAGCAUCGGCCCUGUGUACUCUGGUUGCAGACUGACCUUGCUCAGGCCCAGGAAGGAUGGGGCAGCCACAGAGGUGGACGCCGUCUGCACCUACCGCCCUGACCGCACGGGCCCCAAGCUGGACACAGAACGGUUGUACUGGGAGCUAAGCCGGCUGACCCAUGGUGUCACCUGGCUGGGGAACUACACCCUAGACCAGGACAGUCUCUACGUCAACGGUUACACCCACCAGGCUGCAGCACCCACCCCCAGGGGUGAGUACUCUGUGACCCCAGAAACUGAGGGUGGUCUCUCCUCUUCUUCCCCUGCUGUAGCCACAGGACCACCCUUGGUACCAUUUACUCUCAGCUUCACCAUAACGAACCUGCAGUACACGGACGGCAUGCACCCCGCAGGCUCCUGGCAGUUCAACACCACAGAGAAGGUCGUGCAGCGCCUGCUUGGGCCCUUGUUCAGGAACACCAGCAUCGGCCCCCUGUACUCCGGCUGCAGACUGACUUUGCUCAGGCCCAGGAAGGAUGGGGCAGCCACAGAGGUGGACGCCGUCUGCACCUACCGCCCAGACCUUAUGGGCCCCAAGCUGGACAGAGAGCAGCUGUACUGGGAGCUGAGCCGGCUGACCCACGGUGUCACUCGGCUGGGCAACUACACCCUCGACCAGGACAGUCUCUACGUCAACGGUUAUACCCAUCAGGCUGCAGCACCUACCUCCAGGGGUGAGCCCCGUCUGUCCCCUGUAUCCAUCCCAUGCCUCUCCUCUCCCUCCCCUGCUGCAGCCCCAGGGCCACCCCUAGUGCCGUUCACCCUCAACUUCACCAUCACCAACCUGCACUAUGUAGAGGGCAUGCAGCCUCCAGGCUCCUGGAAGUUCCAAACAGAGAAGCUCCUGCAGCACCUGCUCGGGCCACUGUUCAAGAACACCAGUGUCGGCCCCGUCUACUCCAGCUGCAGACUGACCUUGCUCAGGCCGAGGAAGGAUGGGGCAGCCACAGAAGUGGACGCCGUCUGCACUUACCGCCCUGACCCCACGGGCCCCAAGCUGGACAGAGAGCGGCUGUACUGGGAGCUGAGCCGACUGACCCACGGCGUCACCCGCCUGGGCAACUACACCCUGGACCAGGACAGUCUCUAUGUCAAUGCUGGCCUCACUCAGCACGGCCUCUCCUCUCCCUCCCCUGCUGCAGCCAUGGAACCAGCCCUGGUAGCCUUCACUCUCAGCUUCACCAUCACCAACCUGCUCUACACGGAGGCCAUGCAGCCUCCAGACCCCUGGAAGUUCAACACCACAGAAAGGGUCCUGCAGAGCCUGCUUGGGCCCUUGUUCAGGAACACCAGCAUCGGCCCCCUGUACUCUGGCUGCAGACUGACCUUGCUAAGGCCUGAGAAGGAUGGGACAGCCACCACAGUAGAUGCCAUCUGCACCUACCGAGCCCACCCCACAGACCCUGGGCUGGACAGAGAGCAGCUGUACUGGGAGCUGAACCGACUGACCCACGGCGUCACCCAGCUGGGGCCCUACGCCCUGGACCAAGACAGUCUCUAUGUCAACGGUUACACCCAUCCAACCUCAAGCACUACUCCCAAGACAGCUGUGACCAUUGUAUCCUCCGUGUCAUCAUCUCUGCCUCCAUCUCCCCCAACCAGGCCUACAGGGACCAACAUAGUUCAGGGUCCACCUGGGUCCAGCCUGUACCGCACUUUUGAAUCCUGCUCCACGCUCCUCCUCCUGGGCCUCAUUCAGGCCCCCUUGGUCUUUGACCCUGAUGACAUCACUGUCUCCCAAACUUGCUCCUUCCCCUCAUCACCAAAGACGCAGCUUUUGGUCACCCCUGAUGGCGCUUCCUCUGGGAAGCGCUCCUCAUCCAUUGCCACUGGCCUGAGCCUGGUACCCUUCACCCUGAACUUCACCAUCACCAACAUGCACUACACAGAGGAGAUGGGGCACUCAGGUUCUUCAGAGUUCAACUCCACCAACAGGAUCCUACAGUACCGGCUCAGGACCUUAUUCAACAAGACCAGUGUUGGCACCUUCUACGCUGGCUGCAGCCUGGCCGCUCUCAGCCUUGAGAAGGGAGGAGCAGCCACUGGUGUGAACUUUGUCUGCACUUUCCAUUCUGACCCCUCACGUCCUGGACUGGGCAGAGAGCAGCUGUACUGGGAGCUGAGCCGGGAGACCUAUGGCAUCACCCAGCUGGGCUCCUUUGCCCUGGACAGGGACAGUCUCUAUGUCAAUGAUUACACCUACGGAGCCAUGGCCCCAACUACCACCACUGAUGAGGUCAGUGAGGAGCCCUUCACACUGAACUUCACCAUCAACAACCUGCGCUACUCUGCCAACAUGGGCCACCCUGGCUCCCUCAAGUUCAACAUCACAGACACCCUCAUGCAGCACCUGCUUAGCCCCUUGUUCCAGAGGAGCAGUCUGGGUGCCCGAUAUGCCGGCUGCAGGGUCAUCAUGCUAAGGUCUGUGAAGAACCGUGCCCAUACACAGGUGGACAUCCUGUGUGCCUACCGCUGGCCCCCUGGCAGCCCGCAGUUGUCUGCCAAGCGCGUGUUCCAUGAGCUGAGCUGGCAGACCCGAGGCAUCACCCAGCUGGGCCCUUACUUCCUGGACAAAGACAGCCUGCACGUCGACGGUUACAAUGAACGUGGGCCAGAUGAGCCUCCUACAACUCCUGAGCCAGCCACUGCAUUACCGACUUCUCCAUCAACAUCUGUGUGGCCAGAAGCCACCACAGCCACAGGGCACACCCUGAAGACCCUCACACUCAACUUCACCAUCUCUAACCUCCACUAUUCACCAGACGUAGGCAAUGGGUCAGCCACACUCAACUCCACUGAGCGGGUCCUGCUGUACCUGCUCGGAUCGUUGCUCCAGAACAGCAGCCUGGGCCCCUCCUACUCAGGCUGCAGACUGACCUCCCUCAGGUCUGAGCAGGACAGGGUGGGCACUAGCGUGGAUGUCACCUGCACCUAUCGCCCUGACCCCACACACCUAGUGCUGGACGUGCAGCAGCUCUAUGGAGAGCUGAGCCAGCUGACCCAUGGUGUCACCCAGCUGGGCCUGUACAGCCUGGACAAGGACAGCUUAUUUGUCAAUGGCUAUGCACCCCAGCACGUGGCGCCCAUCCAGAGCGAGUACCAGCUCGAUUUCCACAUCAUCAACUGGAACCUCAGCAAGGCAGACCCCAGCUCUGCAGAGUACCUCGCCCUGCUGACAGACAUCCAGGACAAGGUCACCAGACUCUACACGGGGAGUCAACUACGAGAUGUGUUCAGCUCAUGCCUAGUCACCAACUUAACGUCGGGCUCUCUGUUGGUCACUAUGAAAGUGCUGUUCUCCUCCAAUCUGGACCCCAACCUGGUGAAGCAAGUUUUUCUAGAAAAGACCUUGAAUGCCUCAUCCUACUGGCUGGGUGCCACCUACCAGUUGACAGGUCUGCAUGUGACAGAAAUGAGGCCAGCAGUUCAUUUACCUACAGAAAAACCAACAAGAAGUCCCAGCUCCCAGCAAUUCCAGCUGAAUUUCACCAUCACCAAUCUGUUCUACUCCCAAGACAUAGCGCAGGAAGGCAGUGCCAAAUACCAGCGGAACAAAAGAAGUAUUGAGGACGCGCUCAACCAGCUCUUCCAUAACAGCAGCGUCAAGAGUCACUUUUCCCAAUGUCAAGUUGUAGCGUUCCGGUCUGUCCCUGACAGCGACCAUACCAAAGUGGACUCCUUGUGUGGCUUCUCAUCUUUGGCUCGGAGACUGGACAGAGUCAUUAUCUACGAGGAGUUUGUGCAGAUGACCAAGAAUGGUACCCAGUUGCGGAACUUCACCCUGGACAGGGACAGCAUUCUUGUGGACGGGUAUUCUCCAAGCAGAAAUGAUGCUGUGAUUAGGAAUUCAGACCUUCCCUUCUGGGCCAUCAUCCUCAUCUGCCUGGCUGCAUUCCUGGGACUCAUCACGUGCCUGGUCUGCUGCUUUCUGGUGGCCACCCGCCUGCGGAGGAAGGAGGGAGGCUACGAGGUCCAGCGCCGCCGCCUGGGCUACUAUCUGCCACAGCUGGACCUGACGAAGCUGCAGUGA